ACACAUCACACCCUCAUCCGCUAAUGUAAUAAGCAUGCACUGCUCCCUCCCAAUUCCUUCCUCACCAUCUCUCCCCAAUUCAAUCCAAACCCAAAAUCCACCGCUCAUCCCCACCGCACCACCCGACCUCACCCGCUCCAAACACUCAUGGAUCGAAUCCCUCCGCUCCCACGCCCGCUCAAACUCCCCCAAUCAAGCCCUCACCACUUUCAUCCAAAUGCAAGCCGCCGGAAUUCCCCCCGACAAUUACGCUUUCCCCGCCGCCUUAAAGGCCGCCACCGCCCUCCAAGACCUCCGCCUCGGCAAGCAGAUUCACGCCUCCCUCGUCAAAUUGGGCUACGAUUCCCACGCCACUGUCUCCAACACUGUUCUGCACAUGUACGCCAAAUGCGGCAGUGAAGUCGAGCAAGUCUUCAAGGUGUUCGACAGAAUUCCCCAAAGAGACCAGGUUUCUUGGAACUCGCUGAUAAACGCCCUGUGUAAAUAUGAGGAGUGGGAGUUGGCUUUGGAGGCUUUCCGCUUGAUGGGGCUGGAGAAAAUCGAGCCUAGCUCGUUUACUUUAGUCAGUGUCGCUCUUGCUUGUAGCAAUUUGAAAAGGGGCGAUGGAUUGAGGCUUGGGAAGCAGCUUCAUGGGUAUAGCUUGAGAGUCGAUGAGAGAAAGACGUUUACGGAUAAUUCUUUGAUGGCGAUGUAUGCGAAAUUGGGGAGAGUGGAUGAUGCUAGGAUCAUAUUUGAGUGUUUUGCUCAUCGUGAUAUGGUGUCGUGGAACACGAUCAUCAGUGCGUUUUCGCAGAGUGAUAGAUUCUACGAGGGUUUGGAGUGUUUCCGUGGUAUGAAUGAUGAAGGGUUUAAGCCGGAUGGGGUUACCAUUUCGAGCGUGCUCCCGGCUUGUUCCCAUUUGGAGCUGUUGGAUUUGGGGAAAGAGAUUCAUACUUUUGUAGUGAGGAAUGAUGGUUUCAUGAGGAAUUCCUUUGUGACAAGUGCUUUGGUGGAUAUGUAUUGUAACUGUAAGCAAGUUGUGAGUGGGAGAAGAGUUUUCGAGAGUGCAUUGGAUCGGAAGCUUGGGACAUGGAAUGCUAUGUUUGCUGGCUAUGCGCAAAACGGGUUUUACUUGGAGGCGGUGAGGUUGUUCAUGAAGUUGAUGGUUAUGUCCGGUUUAUUCCCUAACCCGACCACAAUGGCUAGUGUGUUGCCGGCUUGUGUGCACUGCGAUGCUUUUGUUGAUAAAGAGGUUAUGCACGGAUACGUCUUGAAGCUGGGGCUUGGGAGUGAUAGAUACGUUCAAAAUGCUCUAAUGGACUUGUAUUCCAGGGUCGGGAAGGUGGAUGUUUCGGAAUAUAUAUUUCACAGUAUGGAAAGCAAAGAUAUCGUGUCUUACAACACAAUGAUAACUGGCUAUGUGGUGUGUGGUUACCACGAAGAUGCUCUUAUCUUAUUACACGAGAUGCAAACAGCUGAAAAGAACGUUGAGGUCUCGUUUAGACCUAAUUCUGUAACACUCAUGACCAUUCUCCCUGGCUGUGCUGCUCUGGCAGCUCUAGCGAAAGGAAAGGAGAUUCAUGCUUAUGCGUUUAGAAAUGGAUUGGAAUCGGAUGUGGCUGUUGGAAGUGCGCUCGUUGAUAUGUAUGCCAAGUGCGGUUGCUUGGUUAUGGCUCGGAGAGUUUUUGAGAGCAUGCCUAAUAGGAAUGUAAUAACAUGGAAUGCUAUGAUCCUAGCUUGUGGGAUGCACGGAGAGGGAGACAGGGCGUUGGCACUUUUUAGGAAAAUGGCGGACGAAGUUGAGCCUAACGAGGUUACUUUUAUUGCAGUAUUUGCAGCUUGCAGUCAUUCCGGGCUGGUUGAUGAAGGCAAAAGAUUGUUCCAGACGAUGAAAGUAGAACAUGGAGUCGAACCUAUUGCUGAUCACUAUGCUUGUGUUGUUGACCUUCUUGGUCGAGCAGGGCGGCUUGAUGAAGCGCAUGACAUCAUCAACUCGAUGCCUGUGGGGCUCGACAAGGUUGGGGUGUGGAGUAGUUUGCUUGGUGCUUGCAGGAUCCAUCAAAACGUAGAGCUCGGGGAGAUCUCAGCAUCCAAUCUGUUUAAGCUAGAAGCGAACGUUGCGAGCCAUUACGUCCUGCUGUCAAAUAUCUACUCUUCGGCCGGGCUCUGGGAGAAGGCUAAUGAAGUUCGUAGGAAUAUGAAAAGCAGGCGGCUGAAGAAAGAACCCGGAUGCAGCUGGAUCGAGUACAGUGGCGAGGUGCACAAGUUUGUGGCUGGGGACACGAGGCACCCCCAGAGCGAGCAGCUGUACGCAUAUCUGAAUGAUCUGUUCGAUAGGAUGAAGAGGGACGGUUACGUGCCUGACACGUCGUGUGUUCUUCACAAUGUUGACGAGGAGGAGAAGGAGAGCCUGCUGUGUGGGCACAGCGAGCGACUGGCGAUUGCGUUCGGCCUCCUUAACACGCCUCGUGGCUCGACCAUUCGAGUCUCGAAGAAUCUGAGAGUCUGUAACGAUUGCCACUCUGCGACAAAAUUCAUCUCCAAGAUUGUUGAUAGGGAGAUUGUUGUGAGGGAUGUUAGGCGGUUCCAUCAUUUCAAGGAUGGUGCUUGCUCUUGUGGAGAUUAUUGGUGAUUUUUGUAGACAGGCAGUGUUGAUGUAAUCAAAGAAAUCAAGAAAAUACAAAUUGUAAUGUAGAAAAUUUUAGAAAAAAAUAUGAAUCUGUAGCUACCUACCCUUAUUUUCCAGCCAUUUACUCUAUAAUCAAUUUUCUUUGUUAAAA